CGGUGUCCCAGGAAAUGACCGGGCCACUAUAAAAGCGGGUGUAUCCCGUGGUUUUUGCAACAGUUAGGAUCGUGAAGCACAACGCUGUCAUCAUGAGAACCUUCAUUACUCUCGCUAUCAUCGCCCUGGCGUGCCCCAUCUAUGGCCAAGAAGAAAAGCACCUUGAGAAAAGAGGCAUCCUUCUCGGAGGACACGGAUCUGGCGGCGGUUUCGGAGGAGGUAUUUCUGGUGGAUACGGUGGUGGUAGUUCUCGAGGAAUCUCUGGCGGAUAUGGCGGUGGAUUGUCUGGUGGACAUGGUGUCGGAAUCUCUAGUGGAUAUGGCGGAGGACUGUCUAGUGGAUAUGGCGGAGGACUGUCGGGUGGAUAUGGUGGAGGACUCUCUGGUGGAUACGGCGGAGGCCACUCUGGCGGUUACUCCAGUGGCGGGCAUGGAUGGUAAAAAGAGCAGUAUUUAUGGAUGCUGAUAGGCACUGGUGCACCUUUGAGUUCUACUAUAAUUUUAUAAAAUACCAGUCGAAUAUGUACAUUAUAAUACUAAUGAUUCAGAUGUAUAAUAAA